AUGGAAGACGCUCCCACUGUAGCAGUCAUUGGACUAGGACCGGCUGGCCUCGUAGCAUUGAAGAACCUGCGAGAAGAAGGAUUCCACGCCACAGGUUUCGACCGCAACGACCACGUCGGCGGAUUAUGGCAGUACUCGGAGAAAGAGCAAACAUCGGUAAUGCAAACCACAACCGUAAACGUCUCAAAAGAGCGAUCGUGUUACACUGAUUUCCCUUACCCGGACGACGUACCGUCACAUCCAGCGGCCACGCAGGUUCAGCAAUACUUGACAGACUAUUCGAAGCAUUUCGGAUUGGAACCAUAUAUGCGGCUUAGUACUGCCAUCGAGCAGAUCACGUUCGAUGACGAGCGGGAGAAAUGGGUUGUGGAUUUCCCGCGGCGCAUAAAGGGUGUCCCGAUAGACCACACGCACAACCUACGUCUCGCCACCUUCCAAAGCCUCGUCAUAACAUACUUCCCCCGCCUCGGCGAGUUCCUCUUCGAUAAAUUCCUCCAGAAACUGCAAGACCAGAGUUUCAACAUCCGCCCUGAAUGGCGCUUCGAGCCCGCAAGUAAGGUACCAGUGGUAUCUGAUACGUUAGUCCCCUGCCUCGAGGACGGCAGCAUCACAUCAGUCGCAGGCAUCAAGCGCAUUGUGAAUGCUACUGAGGUAGAGUUGCAAGACGGGACAAAAGUUGACGUGGACGCAAUAAUCUGGUGUACGGGCUACAAGUCCGACUUCAGCAUGAUCGAGCCGCGUUUCAAUCCUGAAUGUCGGCCUCAAGCGUGGCUUGACGCGCCGGGCUCGAAUGGGAAGUCGCUCUUCCGUCUCUACAAGAACGUGUUUUCACUCGAGAAGCCGGAUAGUCUGGCGUUCAUGGCUACUGUACACAUAACGAUUAGUGGGUUUAAGAUUUUCGACUUGACAACCAUGGCCAUAGCCCAGGUCUGGGCGGGCAAAUCAUCUCUACCCUCGCUUCCGGAUAUGAAGCUCGCUGUGGAUAAACACCACGUGUGGUUAGCAGAGACGGCAAAGCGUGUUUACAACUUGUCGCCCGGGCAAUGUGAGACAGGUGACUGGGUCGCGGCCAUGGACGAUCUUGCCGGUACGGGUGUCAAUGAGUACCUGGGAUACGGGCGGAAAGGCUGGCUGUUUUGGCUUCAGAACAGGAAGUUCUGCAACCUGCUGAUGGGCGGGAUAUGGAGUCCGCACAUACAUCGCGUGUUCAGCAUGGGCAAGAGGAAGUGCUGGGAUGGGGCGAGGGAGGCGAUUGAGAGAGUAAAUGAGAGUGUUGCUAAGAUGAGGAAAGAAGAAAAGAAGAAGAGUGGUUGA